CAUGAAUUGGAAUGCCUGUUAGGUAGAGAUGGGUGGUCAACCAUCGAAGGAACGUGUUAGGCGACUAGCUGUUGCCAAACAGGAAAGCGAAAUAUUCGGAACCACGCAGAGUUCCCUAUGGUCUUCGCAUUCGCUCAAGCAUUCUCUUUCGCGGGAGCAUUUUGGGUCCACGGGCCUGUUUGUCGAGCAGUUCCUUCUGGCUCUGUACGACUAUACUCCCCCAAGUGCUCUCGAAUCCCAGUCCCAGAUAUCUGUAGAAAAAGUGAUUUGUGCUUCAUAUCCUUUCUCCAUUUCCUUUGUAGACGAUCGACUUCGUCUGUUCGGAUACAGUGCUGACGGCGAUUGGGCGGACGUGGAAUGCUUGCGGACCUGUGAACGGGGUUGGAUCCCUACCAACUAUACGACGCCUUUGACUCCACCUGGUCGCUCACAUCUGACUAACCGACCUAGUUCGGUCACAUUUCAGCAAAGCAACAGUCGAGGCACGAGUGGCCAUGGCAGCCAAGCCAGUUUGGCUGGAGUGGGUUUGGAUAUGGAGAAAUGGUACCACGGUGCUAUUCAGCGCAGCUACGCGGAAUAUCUUCUUAAUAGUGGGAUUACUGGUAGCUUUUUAGUUCGAGAGUCGGAGAGCAAGCCGGGUCAGUUAACCAUCAGUCUGCGGUACGAAGGACGUAUUUAUCACUAUAGGAUUAAUCGGGAUGACAACGGCAUGUUCUAUGUGACGGACGCCACCAAAUUUCUGUCCGUUUCCGACCUGAUACAUCACCACGGGAAGCAAGCAGACGGGCUUGCAUGCACGCUUCUGUAUCCGGCUGCUAAGCGCGACAAGGUUACGUCUGAAGUGAGUCCAGAGGUGGACGUGUGGGAGAUCGAUCGGACGGAAAUCAUUAUGAAACACAAGUUAGGGUCCGGUCAAUAUGGAAUUGUGUACGAGGCGUUGUGGAAACCGUAUAACAUCCUAGUUGCGGUAAAAACACUCAAAGAGGAUGUGACAGUACGGGAUGAAUUCUUAGAGGAAGCACGAGUUAUGAAGAGUUUGCGACAUCCAAACCUGGUCGAGCUUCUCGGUGCGUGCACACAGGAGCCACCUUACUACAUCGUUACGGAAUUUAUGUGCAAUGGUAAUCUACUGGACUAUUUGCGAUGUCGUUCACGGGAUGAGCUCACACCACCUGUUCUUCUUCACAUGGCCACACAAGUUGCCCGGGGGAUGGCCUAUUUGGAGCAACACAAUUUUAUACACCGUGACUUGGCCGCUCGGAAUUGCCUGGUGGGCAAGCAGCAAACAAUCAAAGUGGCUGACUUCGGACUUGCUCGGUGCAUGGAACGUGAUCUGACCUAUCAGGCCCACGAAGGCGCCAAGUUCCCAAUUAAAUGGACCGCGCCCGAGGGUUUGGUUUAUAAUCUCUUCUCGACCAAAUCCGAUGUUUGGGCAUUUGGUGUGCUUUUAUGGGAAAUCGCCACCUACGGAAAAACGCCUUAUCCAGGCGUCGAACUGCAAGAUGUUUAUGUUCUGUUGGAGAAAGGCACACGAAUGAACCAGCCGGAAGGCUGUCCGGAACCAAUAUACAAGCUGAUGCUACAGUGUUGGCAAUGGCUUCCAGAACAACGGCCUACAUUUAGCGUACUCUUAGGUCAGUUGGAAGCAAUGCAAAAGAGUGCCAGCAUCGAGGAGCAGGUGGCGAUAGAAUUGGCUCGUACAACUCAACCAACACCCCAACAGUCUGUGUCGAAGCCAUCCUCAUUUUCUUCAAAUCAGUCCUGCGCAACACCUGACAGGAAGAAAUCCGCCAAUGUUGGGCAGCCUCAUCCGCCUCUACCUCCUCGUCCACCACCUCCCAGACGUAGCACUAGUUUCGACCGGCUCUUAGAAGAGCGACGACCGGCAAAUGGCCGAAGUAGUCCCGCCUCUGAUGAGGGACAGUUAGACUCCGGUGUUGGUGAACCCAGCCCAUGGACUCCAACUCGGAAUUUGCGCAGUGAUAAUCCAAAAAUACAAUCCACAUUACCGGUACAACCCAUUGCUUCCGAGGCACCACCUGAGCGGUUUCCAUUGACUGGCUCUUUAGGUAGGAAGCGAACAGCACCCCGUCCGCCGCGUCGAACUACUCCAGUGAAGCCAAUCGUAUUUGAUUCCGAUCAAAUUGUUGGCGAUUAUCUGGUUCAAGACGAACUCCCUCCAUGCCCCGCUUCGGGCUUAUCCGCAGAGAAUAUAGCUGAUAUAUUCCCGCCUCCACCCGCCGAAUUUGAACCUUCAGGGUCACAAUGUCAUGGCAAGAAAAAUUUAAACAAAUCUAUAACCGUUUCUCAAUUGCCAUUAUCCCAACUGGAAUCUUCAAUCCCACCUCUGAUGACGUCGUCAGCGAUCUAUCCGGGCGCUGUUCCAGAUUCCUCAUGCACGAAACCCGCUCGCCCUUCCUGUCUUUCAUAUUUGAGCUGUAUUACUAAAACCCGCCUUGUCAGUCAACCGUCGAGCUGGUCUUCAAAGGCUAUCGGACAAAAACCUUGCGUUUCUGAUUCAUCCGGCUUACAUGAUAAAAGUAAGAGUCCCACCCAAACACGACAUUUCAGUGAAUCUAACGCCGGAAGACCAAUCUUGAAAACAGAGAUAAAUAGCUCUCGUCUGUUUCCAUCCACGACAAAUUCUAGUUCACUUGACACAAAGCAGUCCCCUAUCCGUCGCCCAACGGUUAUUCCCGUCCCAUCGGCCGAUUUCCACGACGAACUCAGACAACGCUUGCAGUUGCAGUCACAAAACCAAGAUGAUGCUACAGAAGAGAUGCGGAAAUCAAACCGUGCUCGUCCUCAAAAAAGCCCAACGAAGCCUGCACUUAAUGUAUCCAAUGGAAAACUCAGUGAGCCCGCGCUUGAAGCCUCUGUUACUACUUCUUCCGGGUUCUUCACGCUGCCUCGAUUAAGGACAGCACACACGCACCGCUCGACGACUGGACAAGAUCAGCAAGCCGUCGCUGAAACUGCUACCGACUCCUCGUCAUCCAAAAUUCUCCCUUCCGAGACCCCUGCCCAAGUGGUUUGUUCAUCCCGGAUACCCGCGGUAGUCGAACAGACUUCCCUGAUUAGUCCGACGCCUCCUGUACCAACAUUACGUAAUCACAAGGUUUGUAACUCCUGGGUGGCCUCCAAAUCUAACAAAAAACGACUUAGCUGGACAGGACCCGCUGUAUACCAAUCUGGCGAUUCUUCCCUGUCCACUCAACGUGCCCAAAGGUUCUGUUUACCUACAAUUCUAUCCACAUCAUCUACAGCACUAGAUACGGUUGAAGUGAAUACACUUUCAUCCACCCCUACUCGCAAGUCCAUUCUCACCCAACUCCUGAACAUAUCCAACACGCUAGCUCGUCUCAAGUCUUCAGUGCCAAAUCCCAAUGGUUUCGCCUCGGAAGUGGAACAACUUAUAGCAGUGGCAGAUCAGCUGGAAGCCUGUCGGGUGAACUGUUCCGAGUUUAUCGAUCAGGCUACGUGUCCUGCGCGAGCAAAAUUUAGUUUCCGUGACCGGUAUGCUCCGCUGCAGCAGAUGAGUGAUCUGCUCCGUUCUAAGAAAACCGAUACGGAACGUUCCAGCUUGUUGCAAUCUGCCGUUUCGGCAGUCGAUGAUCUUAUUACAGAGCUCAUGAAAAUUCCCGAAACAAUUGAUAGUGAGGAAUUUGGAUGCCAAACGACAACUAGCCCGUCCGCAAGAGAUGCGAAAAAGACUGAUAACAUGCCCGUUGUGAUGACUUCAGUCUGAUGCUGUUGUAUUAAUGAGUUCUAAACCGCCAACUGCUUAGCCAUCGGUGCAAUUUAUGAAGUGUUUUCUACUCACUGCUUGAUUAUUUUGUACAGUUGCAUCUGCUGGUCCCAAGGGGACCACCCAUACACCCGGUUUCAUUCCUCUCAAUGGUUGUCGAUGCUUGAUCUCUUCUACAAUGUACAUAUUCCAAUUCACCGGCCUAAGCGAAUGGAUCAGACCUUUUUCCCCAUUCGGUUUUUUUACACUUUGUGCUGACAGAAAGAAUCUCCUUUGGGAACCUCUCGGAAACUGUGAGGUUAUUCGUUAUUUAUUUAGUCUACUCAUAUUACGCAAAUACCAAUCAGUUCUCUUAUUUCUGUUCCAGUUCGCUUGCUCGCUCCUCAUCCCACUAACGAACCGCACAAUCCACAAGCCUUUCAAUUAACAUUGCUGGUGGUGGUUCUGUUCUGUCCACCAUUCAGCAAUGGUUGUUUUCGACAAGAGUUUUUUCUUGCCAUGAUGAUAUCCUCCCGUUUUCAUUCAUUCAUUAUUUGGUUUUUAAUUUGUUGUUCCAAGUGUUUUGAUCUUCCCAUGUCUAACUCUGUCUCGCCUAAACACGGUCACACACUUGGUUGUUCAUGUCUCCA